UAUAAAUACACAUAUGACGAUAUGGUAGCGAACCCUUUUACCGGUGACGGUGAGUACCACCAGCUUCCGAGCCUUCUUCCCUCUGUUCUCCACCCGAACUCGCUGAAAACCCUAGAAUCCUCAAUUGCUGCCAUACUCCCGUAAAUGGCAGAAACCAAAAGCACUGACGAGGCCCCCACAUUCCCCACCAAGCGCAAACCCGAAUUUCGAGUGGAAGACCAAGAGGAUCACUCUAAUAACAAGAACCCUAAGCUGGAGAAACCAGUGGACCACGAUUCAUUAGAAGAAAAGCCCCAAAAUCAAACCUUGGUGUCUUCUGGUAACAACAAAUUGGAACCAGAAGAGGAUGAUGAGGAGGGAGAAUAUGAAGGAGAAGAAGAAGAGGACGAAGACGAUGGAGAUGAAGAUGAAGAUGAGGAUGAGGCGGAAGUGAAUGGGGAUACUGAGGUGGACAGGAAGGGUAAGGGGAUAAUGAAGGACGAUAAGGGGAAAGGGAAGGCCAUAGCAGUGGAAGAUAGCAGUGACGAUGAGGACUCCGGUGACGGCGGCAGUGAGUCCGGCGAUAGUGAUCUCUCGGACGACCCGUUGGCGGAAGUUGAUUUGGACAACAUUCUUCCAUCGAGGACCCGAAGGAAAGCUGUGCAGCCUGGGGCUUACAUUGCCAAUGACCGUGGCGCGGAUGAUGAUGAUAGCGAUGAUAGUGAUGCAUGAAGCUGAAGAAGGCUAGAGGAUAGGAAUGAAGAUGAGAAGGCAUGCAGAUAUAUGUGGAAAGACUUGAGACUAGGGGAUUUACAUUUUGCUUCUUGAAAGGGAUAAUCACAGUUUCUGCGACAGCUGAUAAUCCGUGAUGCUGUUGAUUUAAUAUGUAGUUUAAGCGUAUGAUUUGCACGAAUUAGAAACGUGCAUUAGACACAUUUGAAACGUUGGAACAGGGGGAUUUUAGUCAGAUUUUGUGUCGACUUUGUCGUUUCCUUAUA